CAAAAUGCAAUAUGAACAAAUUAAUGGAAGAUACAAUAAGUUAAUGCAAAAGAACUUAUCAUUCAAUCGAUCAACUCCGUAUCGAGCAUGCUUCAUCGAUGGAGUCAAUUUGGUCGAUUGUUGUGGUUACACGGAUCGAGUGCGCCGAAAUUAUUUAUCGCCCACGAAAGCGAAGCUCCAACAGAACAGGUUCACAUAUUAAGACUUCUGUGUCUGUGGUCCUUAGCAACCAGCGUGAUCCACAAUCCAGGGAUUCUUCCAUCAACUGCAAUGGAUCAGUCGGUGACGAGGAACAUUGAAGAUCAUUGUGAAGAAGUCUGGUUUGAAGAGGUCAGCGUGGAAAAUGAUCCCAGCGAUACAAAUUGGAACAGUUUGGUUGCCUUGGUGUCCGGAAUCAACAAUCAAAUGACGGUGCUGGAUACGGAACUCAGUGAAAUCAACAACAGGCUGAAGCAGUUCGAAGAGCAGCAAACGAUUAGCGUAUCUACCAUUCGCAGGAAGAUGGAAGGACUAAAAUCGCAGAUUCCAUCGCUGAAAAGUGUGUUGAAAACCGUCGAUAUCGAUCCUGUUGCUCCACUACUAACAUCGUUGCUUAAACCAAUCCAGUCCAAAGAGGAAUUGGACGAGCUCGAACGUAAAGCCAAGGACCAAGAGUACCGGAAUUCGGUGAUACAGGCAGCCGGACGAAUUUCCGGCUACGAUAGGAAAGGAGAAGGGGAAAGCAUUUGCUUUCAAAUGAUAGAUUACUUUUUCGACAGGAAGUUUCUGAUGGAAUGCUCAUGGCUCGGGCGAAGACAGAGGCGAGUAAAUGGUGAGGUAAACAAAAAGAUUGCCCUCAUCGAGUAUGGCAAUACCAUGAAACUGUUCCAUGAAUGUAUCAGCAUUUCCGAUGAAACUUUCACGCAAUUUCAUUGCUACAAUUUUGUAAGAGUGAAAAUUUUGCGACGUUCAUUCCGGCGCGUAUUCGCGAAGAAAACCAAAAUACCAGUUAAAGCUCCAAAACCUAGAUCCAAGAAAACAGACCCCGCUAGCGAUUUAGCGGUGCAAGCGGUCGUUGAAAAUCAGCUCCGACACCUGCAGAACACUGCUGAAGAGAGUGACGAGUCAACGUUGUUCGUUUAAUAUUAUGCGUACAAUAAUUAUAAAUAUAUUAUCAAUAAACUAGCAACACAAUUG